AUGUCAUUUGACACUGAGACCGAGUUCCGAAACAAGAAGAAACAUUUCAUGUCUGGGCUGGGUUUAGCGGGCAAGAAUGAUAAUGAAUAUCUGGAAGGAGAGAUUGAAGUAUCGUCCAAUUGCACCUUUGCAGUGGAGUUGACAACUCCGCUCUCCGGAGUCCCCGUGGAGUCUGGUGGCAGGGCAGCUGAUGAGGCAUCCAUCGCCCUGGCCCUCGUCAGCGUGACGAUCGGCACGGCCGCUGUGGCCCAGAGCGUCCGCGACUCUCGCCUAUCGAGCAUCGUCGCUGCUACGCGCACCCCCUACCUUGGCGACCUCCUGUGGAAAUCGUCCUAG